AUCUAUUGUAGACCAGAACUUAAGGCUUACAAUAUUAAUUAUAGAUCUGGACUUAUGUCAGAGUGAACCUACCGUUCCUUCUUAUACUGUGUCAUUGGCGUCUCGCCGAGUUUCAAUAUUUGUAGAAUAUGUGCAUGAUGAGUGCCAGUAGUGCCACGUGUACUCGGCGAACCAAUUAGGGCGAGCACGUUAUCGUCGUCUAUAUGAUUUUUCAGUGACCGAUACGUUGCCGGUGAAGCUCCGGGUUUUUGUGAAUUUCUGCAUAGCAUAUCAUCCUUCGAUUCAUGAUGAAAUAUAAGCUCUAUGUCGCGCUGGUUCUCUUUUCCGUUUUAAGCUAUGUCACCUGUCAAUAUAGAACGAAAAACAACCAAGGAACCUCCUUGGCAGAGCGCGUGCAGCAACUGACUGAGAUGGCUAUGAAGAAAUCUGUAUUGAAAUUUAAUGGGUCGAAAUUUAAACAAUACAUUAAAGCUCCUCCAAGGAAUUAUUCUGUUAUAGUCAUGUUUACUGCUAUGGCGCCUCAGAGGCAAUGUCAAAUUUGCAGACAUGCUAACGAUGAAUUUACAAUAGUGGCUAAUUCCUUCCGAUAUUCUCCAUUGUAUUCUAACAAGUUGUUCUUUGCCUCUAUUGAUUUUGAUGAAGGAUCAGAUGUCUUUCGGUUGAUGAAAUUAAAUACUGCUCCAGUAUACAUGCAUUUCCCACCUAAAGGUAAACCAAAAGCUGCCGAUACUAUGGAUAUUCAACGAGUGGGGUUUGGUGCAGAAGCAAUAGCGAAAUGGAUUGGUGAACGUACAGAUAUUCAGAUCCGAGUAUUUAGACCACCAAAUUACUCUGGUACAGUAGGAUUAGGAAUGCUUGUGGUUAUUGUGGCAGGUGGCCUGUAUCUCAGACGUAACAACUUAGACUUUAUUUAUAACAAAAAUCUCUGGGGAUUCUGUGCUUUAUUCUUCGCCAUAAAUAUGACUUCUGGACAAAUGUGGAAUCAUAUCAGAGGACCACCUUUUAUUCAUAAAUCACCAAACGGCAAUGUAGCUUAUAUUCAUGGAUCUUCUCAAGGACAGUUCAUAGUUGAAACCUAUAUUGUCAUGGUUAUGAAUGGAGCAGUGGUAUUAGGAAUGAUCUUAAUGACUGAAGCUGCAGCUCGUAAAGGAGACGUUAAAAAACGCAAAAUACUAGCUGUGAUAGGUGCAGGAUUAGUCGCAAUUUUCUUUAGUCUCCUUCUAUCAAUAUUUAGGAACAAAGCUCAAGGCUAUCCAUAUAGUUUACUGUUCAAGUAAUUAAAUGGAUAUAUUCAUUUGAGCGAAGAAUUUUUGGCAGUUUGAUGUGAAAUACAAAGCUAGGAAGAUUUUUUUACAAAUAAAGGGUAAAGUUAUAUUGUUACAUAAAUGUUGUAUCAUGUUCAUUAUGUAUAUGUAACACAAAAGAAUUCAUACUUAAUAAUAUUGUAUAAUAAAACGGAAGUAGUACAUGGAAAUAUGUAUUUAAAUUAAGGAUAAAAUUCAUUGAACC